CCUGAACCUGGACAAAGAUAAAUAUUUGCCAGCAACUUACUCGACUUACUUCUACGCUUGACCUGAUACCUUUGCCUGUCACCUGGCGCGCGCAGAUAUUAGCUUUGCGCUUAGCAGCGCACUGAUACCGUAGACUUUGAAAUCCUAUCAAAGUAUGCAGGUCUAACAUAGAGAUUAUCUCAGUGGUUGCCAAAGCUAUGGCGUCUACACUCGUUCAAAUGGACGGCCUGAACGAGAUGGACGCUAACCAGUACACAGACAUAGCCGCUUCCGAGGCUUGCGCACAUGAAGACAUUCCAGCCGGCGAAGAUGUGGAAUACGCGCCCGUUGCUCCAAUGCACCCCCUGGCUGUGGCGACUCGACAGCUUGAGAUUCUGCAGCACCACCUUUUCCUAGCUGGCUCAGCCGGCUCCGUUCAGACGCACAGCAACGAUGAAUGUCAGCCAGCAUCUUCAAACGAUACCGGACCUUACUGUCGCUUGGCUUGCGACGUUCUUUCCUGCGCUGUCAGCGCCUGCGAGUUGUGGCGCGACUCACUUCUCCAGCAUGGCCCCUUGCCCGCCGCAAAUCCUACUCAAGAGCUGUCAACCAUGGAGCUCUCCAGGUUGAUGUCCUCCCUGCUCGCCUCCAUGCACAUCCUUGACUGCCUGAAGGACACCAAGCAGUCCCUCCGUACGGCACUCAUGAGCGUCACGGCGCAGGAAGGGGACGAGCAGCAACUGCUGGUUGCCGUACAGGACUUUUUCGGCAUGCCCGCUGCCUGCGUCGUCCUGCUCCGAGACCUGCUCCUGGAGGACGCCUCAACCCUCACUAGCGCCAAGCACGCCCUUCUGGGCCUCCUGCAGCGCCAGCUCGUCACCGUGGAGACCUUGCAUGCAAGCCAGGACUCGGCCACCGCCGCCGGCGACCGCUCCGGAACCGUGAAGCGCUCGUCCUUCAAGUCCAAGUUGGGUCUGAGCAGCGGCUCGGGCCACGGGGGUGCGGGGGCUGCGGGAGCAGGCUUGGGCGGUGCAGGCAGUGGGGCUAGCAUUGCUGCUCGGUCUGGUGCGCGCAUCGGACUGUCGCUGCUGGUAUAUCUGUACUGCUGCGUGGAUACGGCAGAGCAGGAGCAGCAGGCGACUGUCAACGCCCAGACGGGCGGCGCCGCUGCCGAUACUGCGACCUCCAAGGCUGCCGCCGCCGCCACCUACAAGAUCCUGCGUUCCUGCGUUUCGGUCCUCCGGAGCACCCCCGUGGUGCCCGGCUAUGGCGAUGUGCCUGUCGACCUGCUGAGACCGCUUCAGGGCCUGUCGCAGCUCACCUGCGGGCCGCCGUGGGAGUCGGGCGUGGGCGGCAGCAUGUAUCUGCAUGCCGCUGCUGCUGAGGAGAGGUACAACCUGUCUUCCGUGUCGGUCGCAGCCGCACGCGACUACGGUCGGCUCGUCGAGGACCUGCUCUCCCUCAAGCUUCAGCACGAGGCGCUAACGUCCUCCUCCUCAGCAUCCUCGGCUAACAACAGCAGCAACAGGCCCGCAAGCAACCCGGCAACCCCAACUGCGGUCGCUGCCGUGGUCCCCGCGAGCAAGAACCCCAACAGCCAGCCAGCGACCCAUGGGUCGGGAUCCACCCAGGCUAUUACCCAGGCGGCCGGAGGCCUGGCGGGUCGUGCCGUACAGCUCUUGCAGGACUGGCAGGCAGCCGUACUUCUGUUGGAUGCCUUCCGUACUUGGCAGCGGCAGCAACGCCUGCAGAGGCUUGAGGAGGAGCGGGCGGCCAUGGGUGGCGAGGAGCGGGCUCAGUCUACGGGUGGCAGCGAUGUGGCUUCUUCAACGCUGAUGGGUCCUCUGCCGAGGAGCGCCUUCACGGCAACCGAUCUUCCCGACGUCGUACGCAUGGUGUCGUACAUCAAGGGACUGUACGGCAUCCUGAACGACAACAUGACGUGGCUUGAGCCCCUCCUCAAGGCCCACUGCGUCUCGCACCUCCGCCAGCUCGCGACAUCGGUCAUGGUCCCCGUGUCUGUGGUGGCGCAGGGAGUUGCGGGAGGCGAGGCGGCGGGUGCAAAGGCGUCUGCAACCGGGGGAAUGACGGCUGCUGCGGCGGCGGCGAUGUUGGCAGACCACCGGUUUGCGUCGCAGCAACAGUUGAUGCCGCCACAUCAGCAACAACAGUAUGCACGCGCUCUGGGUCCACAGUCGGCACGUGAAGCCUAUCCGACAUCCGCACCUUCCUCGGCGCGAGCGAUCGCCCCCGGCCUCGCGUUCGGCACCUCCCACAGCAACAACAACAACAACAGCACGGGUCUUCACCCCUUGUCGGGUCCCCUGCAGUCCGCCAGUCCCCGCGUGGGUUCCGCCUCUGGUGACGUUAACUCCCUGGAUGCCAUCACAACAACCAACAACAGUGGCAACCACCACCACCCCCACAACACUGCCCUUGGCCUUGGCCGCAUUUGGAAGGGCAAGGCAAGUUCCCACGGUCGCCACCACUCUACCAUCACUGCUGCAGUCGCCUCUGGGGCUAACAACAACACCGCUACCCAGGAUGUUCUGGGUCUCGGUCUCCGCCCACCGCCUGUUUCUGCGCCGCCCGCGGUUGCCUUUGCCCUUCCCGCUGAGAGCGCCCUCACCGGAACCAUGAUGUCUCAACGCACGACAGAGGACUCUGCGGAUACAUGCAACCUGAUUGCCAGCAUCACCGCAGACGCUGCCGACUGGCCGCCAAGCAAGUCGCCCGCCGAUGUUCGCACCACCAACGACCCGUACACCCGGCUUCGUGAGUGGUUUGCCAACGGUAACCAACAAUCAGGCAACGACAUUGAGGUCGACCGUAACGCCCCGCUUCAAGCCGUUCCGGAGGGCCCUACGCCCCGUUCUGACGUGGCUGCUACCUCUGCAAGCAUGAGCCACCGGAUGCAAGGCGGCAGCGGCGGUGCUGGUGCCGUGGGGGGUGACGCCUUGAGUCCCUCGGUGCAUCACCACGGCUCAUGCAGUCCCUCGGGUGGCUGCAUGAGCGGCACCCUGCCUAAGAGCCGCGACAUGCAGGCGAUGCUGCUGAACACGGGUGGUGGCGCAUGCACGGAGGUUACCGAGGAUGGGGUGGAGUGCACCGUCAGCAGCGUGAGCGAUACGGCGAACGGCAUGGGCGGGUUGGACAUAAGUGCUCGGGACGCAACCCUGGAUGGUCAUGAGGACGAGGAGGAGUUGUACCGGCAGCAUGAGGAGGACGAGGAGGAGGGAGACGUGACAGAGGAUCAGGAGAGGGCCGAGGGCGGACGCGGUAUGGCGGCUGCUGGGGGUUCGACCAUGAAGAGCGGACUUGCGCGGGUCAGCCGGGAGCAGCCGGGAUCUGCUAGCAAGCGGCGCUGGGCAGGAUCCGUGACCGGAUCCGAGAUCAACUGGCCGGAGAUGCCGUUGGCUUCCUGGCUCGCUGGGAGCAACACCACGACGCCCAAGGCAGGCGCGAAUGCUGGAAGCGUUACCCAGGCGGCGGCAGUGCUGGCGCGGGUGACUCCGCCUGCCGCGAUCAGCACCAACCCGCUCUACGUGUACCCAAGCGCUGCGGAGGAGGCGGUGGCGGAGCAGGAACGUGCGACCGUGGCCAUCCUGAUUGCCAGCGAGGGCGGCUCCAUGGGGACAGCGCUGACGGGUGCAGAUCAGGCGGCGCUAGCGGUGGCUGCGGCCUCUACAGCGGCGCCUCCCAGCAUGAACGGCGACAAUGUGGAUGGCCACCAGACGCCCUCGGUGUACAUGGAUGAAAUGGGUUGCAGCAUUGACAUGGGCGCUGGAGGUAUGCACCAGUUUUAUCCGGCCGUCCCCGACCAGCACCUGAUUCAGCAGCAGCAGCAGCAACAGGAGCAGUCGCAUGUGCAGAUGUAUGGUUUGGAGGGAGGAUCUCCAGUUGCUGGCGACCUGGGCAACGGCGUUUCGGCCCAGCUGGAGCCCGCAGGCGCUCUGGCUGCUACCACCGAUCACCUAAUGCAGCCUGACGUCAUGAUGAACAACGCCGCCGCGGCCGUCGCCGCUCCCCAACCCGUGUCUUCUGCUGACGUCAUCCAGCAGCAGCAGCAGCCAGCGGACGGCAAGCAGAAGCGCUCCUCCACCUUUUCGCGCUUCAAGAAGCUCUUUGGAAAGCGCGACAAGGCGUCCAGCGGCACUGCGAUGCAGCAGCAGCAGCCCUCGGCCGGCGUCCAUGGCGCUACCAACGCCGCAACUCUGGAUGACACAGCCAACCAUGACUUGGGUCUGGAUGCUCUGUACGGCACUGAGUACCCCUCAGCCUUGGUUGGCGGCGGCUUUGGCAUCCUGCCCGCAACCUACCUCGCUUUCCAACCCGACCUCGCCCCUUCGCUGGGAGCCGCGCCCCCGAUGGGCGGUGCUGCCGACCACGCGGCUCUGCCCUUCAUGAUGCCGGGCAUGCUGCCAAGCCUCUACACUGCUCCUGCUUCCCCCGGAGCCGCUUUCCACAACCAUCAUCCCGGGUUGCAUGGUGCGACGCAUGCUCAGCUGCCCGCGGGCUUCAGGCAGUCGAUGGCGUCGAGCGACUGGGCCGGUCUGGUUUCGGAAGCUGCGGCGCAUGACGGAGCUAUUGCGAUGGUCAGCGUUGAGCCGGCGGUGGACCUGCCCGCAACCGCGCCGUUUGUGCACCAGGCGCUGCAGUCUCAGGGCAGUGUGGGAGAGCCCGAGCCUGAGCUGACUCUGAUGGCGGGUACGGCAUUGGAUUCUGAGCACCAGCAGCAGCAGCACCAGCACUCGGCGUCACUGUCGAUGUCGCUGCCGCAGCAGAUGCAGAGCGCUCGGACGCCCCGUGCCGGGGAUGUGGCUGGGGAGGCGACGCUGGCGGGUGGGGUGGCAGCCAUGGGACCUGCAGCAGGUCCCACCGGAGGCAAGGUCGGAGGCGGUCUGGGAGGCUUGCUGGGCGGCGGAGCGGCGGCUUUCCUGGAUGUUGUGUGCAAGGCCCGCGAACAGAACAGCUGCAUGAGGCUCAAGCAGCUCGCCUCGGAGAUGCAGGUUUGCCUGGUCAGUGCGGGCUUUACUUCGGGUCUUGAGGCUGCUGCUGCUGCGGGAGUCCCGGGCAGCCAGGCUCACGGCGCUCCGGGGGCUGCGGGGCGCAAGGGCGGCUUUGGCGCCAUUAGUCGCAAGGCCGGACUAAAGCGCCUGGUGGUCUCCCUGAAGGGGAAGAGUGGCGGUCGUGCAAGCUCUGACACGGGCGGCAGCGAUGCAGCUGCGGGCCAGGCCCUGGAGGCUGCCUGGGAUGCUGCCGGCUCGGAGUUUGUGGGUCUAGACCGCCAGGGUGCCGCCCGGCUGCGCAAUGUGGCUGAGCUCAUGGCGAAUGAGAUUGAGAAGAUGGUUGGGAACCGGCGCAGCAGGGGGAAGUCCACCAAGGACGGCCCCUCUCUGGUGCAGCUCCUUGCACUCUUUGCGGAGAUCCGUUCCUUCCUGAACUCGGACCUUCCCUCCCUGGAGCCCCUCCUCGCCUUCCGCUCCCACCUCGCCUCCGCCUCCGACCUCUCGGCGCUGCUCCUGCUCGACCCCUCGCGCCCCUACGCGGGCUCGGUGGACGGACGUCUGGCUGCCGACUCGCGCGGCAGUGUUCCUUGGGAGCUGGCCAGCAAGGGUGUGCUGGGACAGGGGCUUGGACAGGGACAGGGGCAGCUGCAGGUGGCAGGCGCUGCAGCGGCCAGCAAGGCUCCGGAGCUGCCGCUGACGGCUGCACUGACGGCGUUGGCGCUGUUCCACGAUGUGACUGAGGCGGUGCAGGCGCAGCAGGCCAGCUGCACCGCCUCCGGCUACCCGGAGCCCCCCAUGGCCGAGCGCAUGGUGUUGCUCUUCAGGCGGCAGGCCCGCUGGUGCCUGAACAACCUCGUUCACUCGGCCGCGCGGAGCGUGUGGGCCACAUUCAAGGCUCAGGCGAUACGGUGGGAGCUGGGCAUGCAGGUUCCCUCGGGUGCUGCGGACGUGGCGCCCAGCACCGCCGCUCUGCAGGGCUUCUUCCAACACGCCCGGGAGGACUCCGCCGUGCUGCAGCUGCAACAGCUGACUGGAUACGGGACGGAGCCCCGGCUGCCCCCCGAGCUGAGCAUCACUGACAUGCUGUCAGCAGCGGUGGAGGAUCUGGUGCGACAGGCGGCCUGCCGUACAGCCUCUUUGCUGCUGGGCUCGGACAUGACUGCCCUGGUGGCGGUCAAGCAGCAGCUUGACGUCUUGUCGCUGGCAGUAUCCCGCUUGCGUCGUGACCUGCCAAACAUCCGCCCCUGGAGCGACACCUGGCUUGCAGCGCUCGCUGCCCGCGCCGCCUCUGCGCCCACUUGUACGGCGAUUGCGGAGGCGGCGGCGGCGACUGCUGCCUCCGUCGUACAGGGAUGCGGGAUCAACGGUGCAGGCGUGCACGUGACGGUCGAGGAGAUCCUCCUGACGCACGUGUGCAGCCCGGGUGUACUGCGGGCACUGAGCAUGUGGUCGUACGACAUGAUUGCCGUACGAUUCCGUCACACCAAGCACACCAAGAGCUACUGGGACGGCCUGACGGGGGUAGCCAACAAGGCGGAGGCUGCCGUGCACCAUCGGGACGGUGCGGACGCCACUCUGGAGUCCGCCGCCGCAGCGGUGAUGGCGGCGGCCGGGUUGCUGGGCCCCUCGAGCAGCAGCCGCAGGGGCUCCAAGGACGGCGGCCGUAGCAGCAGCGGCGGCAGCGGGGCCGGUGCAGCAGGCCCGCUGGAGUGGCCGGAGUUUGGUCGGGAGCAUGUGGUGGCGAUGCAUGGGCUGCUGGGUCUGAGCGGGGUGGGCCGCUGGGUGGCGGCUCUGCGCCGACAUGCGUCCGAGCUGCUUUCGGACGCGGCUCCCCUGCUGCGACGGGUUCACGAGCUGUACGACAGCAGCGUGGCGGGCCCCCGGGGUCCGGGUCUGCGGGGCACGGGCGGUGCCUCGGGCUACCUGCAGCUGCAGCAGCGCUGGCUGCGGGACCGCGGACACAGCGAGAUGCUGGUGUCGGCGAACAGGGCCCUACAGGCCCUGGGCAACACGGUGGCAGUGGUCGCGCUGACAGACAGUGUGCUCGCCGAGCUCUGUGUGGGCCGGGUGCCGCACCUGCUGCCGCUCACCGCGACUGCCAUGCAGGCUGACCAGCAGGCCCACUCUGUGCUUAAGGCGAUGGCUCAGUCGGAGCCGGUCAACCCCAUGCUCGGCAAGUCCUCGGGUGCCCAGAACGCCGCCUCCGUGCCUCCGCCCCCUCCCGGAACCGGCCUGGCGGGCAUGCUGCUGGGCCAGCCGCUGCCCCCCGGACUGGUCUCCGCGGAGCAGCCGGCGGUGCAGGCGGCCGCACUGGUGCAGGAGCGGCUGCAGGAGCAGUUGCCGCCCACAUUUGGACUGCCUGGGCUCUGGCGUGCGCUGCAUGAGGUGAUCCACCCGGCUGCUGCUGCUGCGGAGAUCUCUUCCUCCUCCUCGUUGACCUCCCUCUCGAGGACUCAACAGCAGCAGCAGCAGUCCCGUCAGCAGCAGCAGCAGCUGCUGCUUCAGGAGCAGCAGCCCUUCUCCUCGGAUCGUCUGUGGUCGGUGCUGCAGGUGCAGCUGUCAUGCCUGUCCUCGGAGGAGCAGUCGGUGCACGCGGCCAAUGUAGGAGACGGAGUGUACGUGUCGGCGGCUGCGAUGGUUCAGCUGGCAGCGGGGGCCGCUGUGGCGCCGGGCAGCGUGCUUCCGGGAGAUACCAUGACCAUUCUGCAGCAGGCGGCUGCCCUAGAGGAGCUCAAGGCCGAGCUAGCGGCUGCAACUGGCAGCAGCGGGGGGGCGCUGGCGGCUGCAACCCCGGCUCAGGCGGCGGCGGCAGCCACUGCCCAAGCAACCCUGGAGCAGCUCAAGAUGUGGGCGGCACGGGCGCAGUCUGUGCGGGCCGCCUGGGAUCGGGCGGUGCAAUUGACGGUGGGCGCAGGCACCGCCGCAGCCAAGCUGGCAGCCGAGCGCCGCGCCAACCGGUCCGAGCCCGCCAAGCGCGCACUGGAGCUUCCGCCACUCACCACCCGCACCGCCGUCCCAUGGGUCACUCUGUCCCAGCAAAUGGCCGCGGUCGGAGCGGCUCUGCUGAUGCGAGUGGCGGCGGCCGCGGCGGCAGCGCCCCAGCAGCAGCAGCAGGCGCCCCAGGCACCUCGCAGCGGCACCCUGCAUCCCCCCAGCAUGGGCGUCGGUCUAGGCGGUGCGGGAUCGGGGUCGCGGCUGCACGCAGCUCCGCCGCUGGGUCGUCCCUCCAGCCAGAUCGGCCAGCCGCUGCCGAGCGCUCCGCAGGGCCGAAACGCGCCCCCUCGGCCUCCUCAGCCCCAGCAACACCAGGCGCCCGGUGCCUCGGCAACCCCUACCCCUGUCAACCCCUCGGCCCCCGCUGCCCCCGGCGGCUCCUCUGCUGCCGCCUCCGCUGCCGCCGCUCAGCAACGCAGCUCGGUGAACGGCCCUGUGCCGCUGGUACGAACCGGUUCGGGCAGCGGACCCAACAGCUUCAGCGGACCCAUCUCCACUGCUCCUGCGCCUGCUGCCGCCCCAGCCACCGCCGCCCCCGCGCCUGCUGCUGCUGCCCCUGUCGGUGCAGCUCCAACUGCUCCCGCAGCCGCCUCUCAGGGCCCCGUUGCUGCAGCAGCCCCCGCCAGCGGUUCUUCCCGUCGCAGCGCCGGCGUUCCUGACGCCAUGACCCUUCAGCAACAGCAGCAACAACAACAGCGCCAACAACCCCUGCAGCAGCAGCAGCCUCAGCCCCAGCAGCAACACCCCACCCCUCAGCACCCCCCGCACCCCAACCCCCAGCAAACCCACCCCCAGCAGCAGCACCAAGCACUCCAGCCGCACCAACAGCCCCUGCACCCGCACCAGCAGACCCUGCAGCAGCUGCGGGCCGCCUCUCAGGUGCUGCUAAAGGCCUCCCCCCGGGCUGAGGGGGGAGCCCCGGGGGUUCCGAUGGUGGCCACGACGGGGCCCUAUGGCGCGUACGGCACCUUUGGAGUGGUUCCGGCGGGCAGUACGGCAGCGCAGAGCCGGUCGCAUGCGGGUUCGAGCCUGGCUGAGUGGGGUCACAUGGAGUAGGGGCGGGUGGAUGAGGAGUGGGUAGGAAGUGUGGCCCUUGGAGCCUGGGCUUCCUAGGAAUCCGUGCGUUUAGGUGGAUUUGAAGUACCGGUAAUACUGGCCAGGGGAGGAGGCCGUGAGAGCUGAGGCGGGUUACUGGUGUGGUCCGGUGGGGCCGGCAGCAGGCUGUCAGGCAGGCGGGUGAGGAGCGUUUGCGUUUGGCAGUGUGUUUGCGCGGGGCUCGCGUGGGCUGAGGUAGCCGUAGAGGGCCCAUCAGGCGCGGUGAUGACACCGUGACAAGCAGUUCCUAGGUUGGCAGUUGACAACAGACAUGGCUUGAGUGUUGCGUAGCUGGGUAGUUAUUAAGUAGGUAGUGAGCCUUAGGAAAACAGUUGGUGGAUUACAUCGUACGGCUUAAAGGCCCGGCUGCCAUCGCAGCUGCAUUUGUCCGACAUGCGCGGGAUUUUUGCCGCGGGUCGUGUUCCUGCUACAGCGUUGAGUGUUCUUUUUAUUCCGUGACGAGUUGGCUUGCUUUGGCAUACCUUCUGCAGUUAGCAUGAAGGGCGAUGGAACGUGACUAGUGUGAUUAGGCGAUGUUGUUUCUAUUCGAUGCAUUUACUGUUUGAUGUUAUAGGCCACGUAAUUGCCAUAGUUUACUCGUAGGACAGCUAAAACCAGGUUUCCUUUUCAGGCAAGUAAACACACAAAUUAUGUAACCUUCAACGGAACCGUCUGACAGAUCGCAGCUGACCGUUGGAUAUCGACGCGUCCUGUCGCAUUUAUUUGUAAGACACGGACAGGCACACA